AUGUCAAGUAUAUUCAUCAGAGUGUUGAGUGCAUACAAAGUGCUGCCAGCAAUGGCCGUGGAGUCAGAUUCUUUCGAGACUUUGAACCAACUCUUGGACAGGCACAUGGUGGAUUGUAAAAUGUGUAGGGCCCUUGCCAUCUCUGCAACGCUCCCACUACCUUCAACGCUCCUUGUUCCUGUCAUCUCAUUGAACCCCAACAAUGAUUUCCCCUUCCUACCACAUUUCCCCUGCGAGGAGACCCCUUGCAAUCUGUUUAUCACCGACUUCGAUACUUUGGUACGAUUCACCUUGGUCUCUCUCACUAACCUGCCACCCGAGCGACCCCUCAUCCCUGUGUGGCAUUGUACUAACGGAAUCCCGAGACGACUCGUGGCUGUGAACACUGCUAAAUCCCAAUGCCCGGAGGUUCGAGUGCCCCGGUCAGUGUCUUGUCAUCGCAUCAAGUCCGUGAGGGCCUCCGAAAAUGAACCUAACACCCUCGUAUCACAAAAAGGAUCAAACCAAGGCUCGCUCACUCAACAGCGGGACGCGGUAACAUCCGCCAUGUUUGUAGGAGGUAACGCGCAGCAGGGUGCAUGUGCGGUCACCCUGUGCCAGGGGAGAGAAUGUUGUGAAUGUUUCUCCUGGACUGACAGGGAUGGAGUAUACAAGCUCCUUGAACCGCGAGUGAGUAGGGAACCAUUUACACACAGCAAACUCCAAAUCAAAAAUAUAUUUGCUUCAUCUGAAGUUUUGUUCCAGACUGACUUUUUGUAAUUUUUUUAACAGCAUGUUAGAAGAGGAUUUGCAGAUCAGAAACGCAAAUUAAAUGAUACACCAAGAUCUAAGUGAUACACUUUAUUCUUUAUUCAUUCAGUACUGGGUAUUGUUGGCCUCUCAAUGUAAAUGUUGAGUAAGAUAAAUGUAACAUAAAAUUCCUUCAUUACAUCUCCCAAUAAUUAUUGCCCAAUAUCUUAAAUCUGUGUGUCUCGUAGUUUUACUAUCAGUAAGAGGAACAGCUGCUGUAUAUCUGCUUUAUUCAAACCGAUCAUAAACCUGACCACUUUAACAAAUCUCAUCUCAACCUCCUUUGCUCUGUGCAGAAAUAAACUUUGGUUUCACCAACCUGA